AUAAAUCUAUUCAGCUGUCGUUCUUGGAACACACUUAACACUAGCAGUUAAUUCCGGUAGGUACUAUUGUCCAACAAAAACACCUUCUUUAGAGAGAGAGAGAGAGAGAGAGAGAGAGAGAGGCAGAGUGAUGGAAGUGGAGGAAGUAGCGGUCGCCGACGUUGGAAAAAUGGAAGCUUCUGAAGCCAUAGAGGGCUGCGGAGACGCCGGGAGCGGCGACGAGGAGGUGGUUGUGGCCGUUGACGGGGGCGGGAGCCGCGGCCGAGGGGGCAGAGAUAGGGUUAAGGGACCUUGGUCCCCCGAGGAGGACGCGAUUCUGAGUCGGUUGGUGAGCAAGUUCGGGGCAAGGAAUUGGAGCCUUAUCGCCCGCGGAAUCUCCGGGAGAUCCGGUAAGUCUUGCCGGCUUCGGUGGUGUAAUCAGCUAGACCCGGCCGUAAAGCGCAAGCCCUUUACUGAUGAGGAGGAUCGGAUUAUAGUUGCAGCACAUGCAAUUCAUGGAAACAAAUGGGCAGCAAUUGCAAGGCUUUUACCAGGAAGAACUGAUAAUGCUAUUAAGAAUCACUGGAAUUCUACACUAAGGCGGCGGUGCACGGAGUUUGAAAAGAUCAAAUUAGAAUCUGGGAGUAUGGCUGAAGAUGUUAGCAUAGACAAAACCAAGGCAUCGUCUGAAGAAACCCUGUCAUGUGGGGAUGUCAAUUCAUUCAAAUCUUUUGAAGGAAGGGAUACCAGCUCUCUGGAGAAUAUGGAUGAUCGGAAUGAAGACAAGUUACCAAUAGAGGGUCAUUUUAGUCAUGAAGCCAAAGACCAUCCCACUCUUUUCCGGCCUGUGGCGCGCCUUAGUGCCUUUAGUGUAUAUAACCCUUCAGAUGGCCUAGAUCUUGCAUCAUCUUUCUCAAGGCCAGUUCCAGUGCAAGGACCUCUGAUUCAAGCAUUAAAACCAGAUGUUGACAUUUGCAAAUUGUUUGGAGAAGUUUAUGGUGAGCGGUCGGUGCCUCAUAAUUGUGGCCAUGGUUGCUGUGGGACUCAAAGUGAAAGAAUUACUCCUAAUUCUUUGCUGGGACCAGAAUUUGUUGAAUUCUCGGAGCCUCCAUCCUUUCCCAGUUUUGAAUUGGCUGCAAUAGCCACGGAUAUAAGUAACCUUGCUUGGCUUAAGAGUGGCUUAGAGAAUAGUAGUGUCAGAGCAAUGGGUGAUGCAGCUGGCAGAAUAACAUCUCAUGAGAUUAGUAGAGCAAGUGGACAUUUUUGUCUUGACGAGCGAAAAAACAGGUUAAUGGGCAUGAAGACCAAUGUGCUAUCAAAAUAGUAAUAGUCUGGUAAUAAACAAUUUUCUUUUUAUGAUUUAAAGUUGAGGGGAUAGGAUUGAAUUCGAUAUUGUUCUCCAUGUUAAAAUGUGAAUCUGCAAGGUAACAGAAGAAAAAUUGUCUACUCUAUAAACACUCCUGCUUUGCGAUUGGUUGUGUAUGUGAUGAUCGAUUUAAAUAGUCCCCUCAGAAGAUGAACUAAGGCAACAUUGCAAUUCAUGGAUAUAGGAAAGAGAAAUCAAUUACAGAUCAAACAAGGACCCUUCAACUGGCUUGGGCACCCGAAUCAUUCUUCUAAUCUGAUGCUGGGAUGGUGAUUAGUUACCUGAUGUGUUACAGAAGGAAACUUUAUCUUGUACAAAGUAUGAAGCAUUUAUUUCUGGUUAGAUUAGUUGAUGCUGCAAAUGAACGUUUCAUAAGUUCUGGUUUAUAAAUGAGACGUGGUAUUUCGAUUGCU